AAUCGUACCGCCGUGGAGACAUUUUGAAUGGUUUCAAAAAAGGCUUAAUGCACCAAGAAUUGGGAAAUGAAAAUUCAAUUUCAAUUCAAAUAUUUGUUUGUGUUAAUUCAUUGCUUAUAGCCCAGAUCUAGAUCUAGAGAAUUGAACUAGAUCACCAUGAAGGACAAGGAAGAGCAGAAAGACUUGAACGCACUCAAAAGUGAGUUGGAACUAGAUGAGCACAAGAUCUCAAUGGAGGAGCUCAUGGCACGUUAUGGCAUUCCAAACAUAGAAACAGGUCUUAGCAAAGAACAAGCUGCCGAAAAUUUGAGAAAAUUUGGCUACAACACACUGACACCCCCAAAGACGACGCCGAUGUGGAUCAAGUUCUUAAAGACCAUGUUUACAGGCUUCUCACUGCUGCUGUGGCUUGGCUCCGUCCUAUGUUUCGUGGCCUACUUCAUUACCUUGCUGGAAGUAGAGGGAGGGGAGAAAGAGAAUCUCGGGCUAGGGAUCGUCUUGAUGGCCGUGGUGAUUAUUACCGGCAUAUUUACAUUCUACCAGGAGUCUAAAAGCUCAGCCAUCAUGGAUUCUUUUAAAAAUCUCGUCCCAAAGCAUGCCGUGGUAGUGAGAGAUGGCAAUGUGCUAAACAUCGACUCAAAGGAAGUGGUAAAGGGGGACGUAGUGCGGGUGAAAUUCGGAGACAGCAUACCAGCUGAUAUAAGAAUAGUGCAGGCACAUGGCUUCAAGGUAGACAACUCAUCAUUGACCGGUGAGUCCGAACCACAGACUAGAAAUCCAGAGUUCACACAUGACAACCCGCUGGAGACCAAAAAUUUGGCAUUCUUCUCUACCAACGCUGUUGAAGGAACGGCUACAGGCAUUGUGAUUCUGACAGGUGAUAAUACUGUCAUGGGACGAAUUGCAGGACUGGCCUCGGGUCUGGAAACUGGGGAUACACCUAUAGCGCAAGAGAUCGAGCACUUUAUACAUUUAAUCACUGGCGUAGCUCUGUUCCUUGGUUUUUCCUUUGGCGUCAUAGCUUUCGCUCUAGGCUAUACUUGGAUCAAAGCAGUAGUGUUUCUCAUUGGGAUCAUUGUAGCCAAUGUCCCCGAAGGUCUCCUAGCUACAGUAACAGUCUGCUUGACUCUGACUGCUAAACGAAUGGCCAAGAAAAACUGUCUGGUAAAAAAUCUGGAGGCCGUGGAGACAUUGGGUUCCACGUCCACCAUCUGCUCGGACAAGACGGGCACUUUGACCCAGAACAGAAUGACGGUGGCCCACAUGUGGUGUGACAAGAAAAUAUUUGAUGCAGACACAAGCGAGGAUCAAUCAAUGGUCAACAAGUUUGUACUCACACCUGGUUGGAAGCCUCUUUCCCGAUGUGCCAUGCUGUGUAACAGAGCUCAGUUUAUUGGUGGUCAAGAAAAUGUUCCUAUACUGAGGCGAGAAUGCAAUGGGGAUGCUUCGGAGAUCGCUCUGUUGAAGUGCACUGAGUUGUGUGUUGGUAAAGUGGCUGAGUAUCAGAAAAACAAUCCAAAGCUGGUGGAGAUUCCGUUCAACUCUUCCAACAAAUAUCAGGUCUCGGUACACAAGACUGAUAACACUAGCGAUGAUCGCCUGCUCCUAGUGAUGAAAGGUGCUCCAGAGAGAAUACUGGAGCGCUGUUCCUCGUAUGUGACAUUUGGAGUGGACCACGUUAUUGACACAGACUUCUUGAACAGCUUUGAUAAGGCGUAUAUGAACCUCGGCGGACGUGGCGAAAGAGUUUUAGGGUUUGCGGACUUCUUGCUUCCUAAGAAAGAAUUCCCUGUUAACUUUAAUUUCGACGCAGAUAAUCCUAAUUUUCCACUUCAUGGAUUAAGAUUCCUCGGCUUUAUGUCCAUGAUUGACCCACCCAGAGCGGCUGUACCAGAUGCAGUUGCCAAAUGUCGAAGUGCUGGGAUAAAAGUGAUAAUGGUUACCGGAGACCACCCAAUAACUGCUCAUGCUAUAGCCAAAGGCGUAGGAAUCAUUACACCGAACUGUAAGACUAAGGAAGAGGUUGCGCAUGAAAAACAGAUCCCUUUAAGCGAGGUGAACCCAGAAGAUGCCAAGGCUAUCGUCAUACAAGGGGAGAAACUCAAAGAGCUUACGUCUGAAGAUUUAGACAAGAUCCUCAGACAUCAUACGGAGAUUGUGUUUGCCCGCACCUCCCCGCAGCAGAAACUUAUCAUCGUAGAGGGGUGUCAGCGGACUGGGGCUAUCGUUGCUGUGACCGGCGACGGAGUGAAUGACUCGCCCGCGUUGAAGCAAGCUGACAUUGGUGUGGCGAUGGGGAUAGCAGGAAGUGACGUCAGCAAGCAGGCGGCUGACAUGAUUUUGUUGGACGAUAACUUUGCUUCCAUUGUGAUGGGAGUAGAAGAAGGUCGUCUUAUCUUUGACAACUUGAAGAAAUCCAUUGCUUACACGCUGACCUCGAAUAUUCCCGAGAUCACUCCAUUUCUUCUGUUUAUAACAAUGUCCAUUCCCCUUCCUCUGGGCGUGGUCACCAUUCUCUUCAUAGAUCUGGGUACAGACAUGUAUCCUGCUAUUUCCUUUGCAUAUGAGCCCUCUGAACAGGACAUCAUGAAACGAAAACCGAGGAACGCCAAAAAGGAUAAACUGGUCAAUCAAAGGCUUAUUUCCAUGGCCUAUGGUAUCAUUGGCUUCUUACAAGCUUCUUGCGGAUUCUUCGUUUACUGUAUUAUCAUGAUUGAGAAUGGAUUCUUCAUGUACACUCUGCCUGGAUUACGUAAUGAAUGGGACGCCAAAGCAAUCAACGACCUGGAAGACUCGUAUGGUCAGGAGUGGACUUACGGCCAGAGAAAACUUCUAGAACAAACUUGCCACACAGCUUUCUUUGUCAGCAUUGUCAUCGUGCAAUGGGCAGAUCUGAUCAUUUCCAAGACCAGAAGGUUAUCUCUCUUUCAGCACGGCAUGACCAACUGGGUGUUGAACUCGUCCCUUGUAUUUGAGACUGUGCUGGCUCUUCUCAUAGCGUAUCUACCUUUCAUGACCUUUUUGAAGGUCCAGUACAUCAGGCCUGUCUACUGGCUCUAUCCAAUGGUCUACACAAUCGUGCUCUGGAUGAUGGACGAAUGCAGGCGUUUUAUCCUCAGGAUCCACCCCAGGGGGUUUGUUGAAAGAGAGACGUACUACUGAAGAAAGUCAGUUCUACUGCGUCACCCUCUGUUGACAAUGUUAAGUUGUGUAGGCCAGACCUGCACUCUUUCUACGCUGAAUUGUGUUCGGAAAUAAUAAUAAUAAUAAAACUAUUACAGGGUCA